UGGUGGCGGGGCCGGCCGGAGCGGGGCGGCGGCUCCGGGCGCUGCCCUGACCGAGCUCCACCAUGAGCGUGAGGCCUCCGCAGGCCCCGGACAGGUUGAGCAGCCUCUCCUCGUCCCUGGGCGAGGCCCCCUCGGAGCGAAGGGCGCCCGGGCACCCGCGGCCGCCCCCGGACAGCAGCGACAGCACAGGGCUGGUGCAGCGCUGCGUGAUCAUCCAGCGGGACCAGCAUGGCUUCGGCUUCACCGUCAGCGGCGACCGCGUGGUGCUCGUGCAGUCCGUGCGGCCCGGUGGGGCUGCCAUGAGGGCCGGCGUGCAGGAGGGCGACCGCAUCCUCAAGGUGAACGGGACGAUGGUGACCAACAGCUCCCACCUGGAGGUGGUGAAGUUGAUCAAGUCCGGUGCCUACGUGGCGCUGACCCUGCUGGGCUCCCCGCCCGGAUCCGCCGCGGCCCCGGGGUCCCAGCCCGAGCCGGAGCCCUCGGCGGGUCCCCAGGGGCCCCCCCAGCGCAUCACGGAGCCGCGGCCCCUGCAGGACCCCGAGGUGCAGAAGCACGCGGCGCAGAUCCUGCGCAACAUGCUGCGCCAGGAGGAGGCCGAGUUCCAGCGUUUCCAGGAGCUGCUGCAGCGGCAGCCGGGCGCGGGCGCGGCGCUGGAGGAGCAGCUGGAGGGGGCGCGGCGCCGGCUGAGCCAGCUGCAGCUCAAGGUGCUGCAGGAGACGCGGGGCACAUGCCCGGAUUUGGGCCCCUCCCGGCCCCUGGAGGGGUCCCCGCAGCUCCCGGGGCGCCUCCCCAGGGACCCCCAGGACGGGAGCGCGGGGCCCGAGGAGCGGGGCCCGGCCCUGGCAGAGGUGUCCCGGAAUUCCGGCUUCUCCCAGCCCGGCAGCCCCCGGAGCUCCCCCGUGCUCGGCUCCCGCCUCCCCUCGGACCCGGGAUCGGGGAGGCCCCAGAUCAUCGGGCCCGAGGAGGAUUGUGAGCCCGGGAGCGGCAGCAACGAGAGCGAUUCCGUGUUCCAGGAUUUGGGAAUUCUCAAAUCCCGCCCGGCCCACCUGGGGGUUUUCCUGAGGUUCCUCUUCUCCCAGGCCGAUCCCACUCCUCUGCUGUUCCACCUGUGCUCCGAGGUUUGCUGCCAGCAGAGCCCCCGGGACGGGCGCGCCCUGGGCAGGGACAUCUGGAACGUCUUCCUGGACAGGGCCGCGCCCCUGCGGGUGAAGCUGCCGGAGCAGCUCCUGGCCGAGAUCGAGCUGCGGCUGCGGAACGGGGACGAGCUGCGGCCGGCGCUGCUGGAGGCGCAGGAAUCGGUGAUCCCGGAGAUCCAGGAGCAGCUCCAGGACUACAGGACGAAGCGCACGCUGGGGCUGGGCAGCCUCUACGGGGAGAACGAGCUGCAGGAGCUGGAGCUGGGGAACGGCCCCCGGGAGCCGCGGGAGGGCCGGGACAGGGAGCGGCAGCUGGCGGAGAGACAGCUGGGGCACCUCGGGGACAUCCUCUCCAAGUACGAGGAGGAGCGGAGCUCUCCCAUGGCCUUCGCCCUGAGCACGUUCAUGGCCCACGCCGGGAUCCGGCCCCGGGAAUUUCGGGAAUCUCGGGAACUGCGGGAACCGCGGGAAUGCCGCAACCCCGAGAAGCUCCCGGACAAGGACAAGUGGCUGCCCUUCUUCCCCAAGGCCAAAAAGAGCAGCAGCUCCAGGAAGGAGAAGGAGCAGAGGCAGAACCCGAUCCUGAAAUACAUCGGGAAACCGCGGAGCUCCUCCCAGAGCACAUUUCAUGUCCCCCUGUCCCCCACUGAAGCAGUGAAGCCGGGGAACGUCCGGACCAUGAUCCAGCACUUUGAGAACAGCCACGGGGAGCCGCCGGAGCCCAACGCGCAGCGCCUGAGCACGGGCAGCAUCCCCGAGGAGCUGCUGGGCCCCGACACAACGACCAGCCAGCGGUGCGAGGUGCGCCUGGGGCGCUCGGAGUCGCUCAAGGGCCGGGAGGAGCUGCGGCGCUCGCGGCGCUCGGAGCUGGUGCCGCGCUCGCGCAGCGACGUGGACAUGGACACGGGCAGCGACACGCCCCGGCUGCACUCGGCCUCCUCCUCCGCCUCCAGCCUCUCCAACAGAUCCCUGGAAAACCCCACCCCCCCCUACACGCCAAAGAUGGGGCGCAGGAGCAUGGACUCUCCCAGCCUGGGCCUCGGUGCCGACGCUUUCCUCCCGCACCUCCUGGAGGACGAGCAGGGCCCCGGCCCCGACCUGGAGCCGGACCCCGAAUCCCAGAGCGCCCAGAACGCCCAAAAUGCCCAAAAUGCCCCAAAUCCCCAGGGCUGGCAGCAGCAGAACUCCCAAAACUCCCAGAGCUGGCAGCACUCGGUGAGCCGGGAGCUGCUGGCCAGCCUGUCCCAGCGCGAGGUGGAUCGACAGGAGGUCAUCAACGAGCUGUUUGUCACCGAGCUGUCCCACCUGCGCAUCCUGCGCGUCCUGGAUUUGCUUUUCUUCCAACGCCUGCGCCGGGAGCAGCUGCUGAGCCGGGAGGAGCUGGGGCUGCUCUUCCCCAACCUGCCCGACCUCAUCGACGUGCACAGUUCUCUGUGGGACUCGAUGCGGCGGCUGCGGGAGGAGCAGGGCCCCAUCAUCGGCGACAUCGGGGACCUGAUGCUGGCCCGGUUGGAGGGCGCUGCCAAGGAGGAGUUCCAGCGCGUGGCCGCCGCCUUCUGCUCCUCGCAGUCCAUCGCGCUGGAGCUGAUCCGCACCAAGCAGCGCAAGGAGAGCCGCUUCCAGCUCUUCAUGCAGGAGGCCGAGAGCAACCCGCAGUGCCGGCGGCUGCAGCUGAAGGAUUUGCUCAUCGCCGAGAUGCAGCGCCUGACCAAGUACCCGCUGCUGCUGGAGAACGUCAUCAAGUGCACCCCGGGGGGCUCAGCAGAGCAGCAGAAGCUGCUCCGUGCCCGUGACCACAGCCGGGACGUGCUGCGCGCCGUGAACGAGGCCGUGCGCCGCGCCGAGAACCGGCAGCGCCUGCAGGAGCACCAGCGGCGCCUGGACACGUCGGCGCUGGAGAGGACCAGCAACCCCCUGGCCGCCGAGUUCCGGAACCUGGACCUGACCUCACACCGGAUGAUCCACGAGGGACCCCUGUCCUGGAGAGUGGGCAAGGACAAGAGCGUGGAGCUGCACGUGCUGCUGCUGGAGGAGCUGCUGGUGCUGCUGCAGCGCCAGGACGAGCGGUGGCUGCUGAAGUGCCACAGCCGGGGCGGCCUGGGCGUCACCCCCGACACCAAGCAGAGCUUCAGCCCCGUGCUCAAGCUGAGCUCGCUGCUCGUGCGCUCCGUGGCCACAGACAAGCGCGCCCUGUUCAUCAUCUGCACCUCGGAGCUGGGACCCCAAAUCUACGAGCUGGUGGCUCUGACGUCGUCGGAGAAAAACACGUGGAUGCAGCUGCUGGAGCAGGCCGUGCAAGGAGCCACCAGGAGCCUCCCGGGGCCACCAAAGCAGGGACAGAGCGAGGGCAGCGGGAACGCCAGCCUGCUGCUGCCGGACCGCGCCGUGUCCCCGGAGCUGGCCCGAGACACCGAGCCCGAGGAUUGCUCCUCAGCCGGCAGUGACCCCGAGCCCUCGGGCCGGGCGCGGCCGCUGCAGGAGCUGCUGGAGGAGCCGCGCGGGGCCGGGCCCGGGGACCCUGACACGGAGGACCCCGACCCGGGGGACCCCGACCCCGGAGACCUCGACCCCGACCCGGGGGACCCCGACCCCGGCCCCGGCCCCGGCCUGAGGGACCCCAACCCCAUCCCGGAGGGUCCCGGCCCGGGCACCCCCAGAUGCCCAGGGAGCACCAGACUGGUGGAGGCAGCGCUGGAGGAUGUGGAGACCCUGCGGCUCCUGAUUGUCCGGAGGCUCCGGCCGGGCCGGGACCCCGAGGAUGGACAGACGCCCACGGCCGGAGCGGCCGGACAGGGCAGUGACCCUCCAGUGUCCGGCCGGGAAUUCCCGGCGUCCAGCCAGGACUCGGUGGUGUCCAGUCGGGAAUUCCCGGUGUCCAGCCAGGACUCGGUGAUGUCCAGCCAGGAUUCCGGCGUGUCCAGCCGGGAAUUCCCAACGUCCAGCCAGGAUUCCGGGACGUCCAGCUGGGAAUUCUCAGGGUCCGGCCAGGAAUUCCCAACGUCCAGCCAGGACUCGGCCACGUCCGGCUGGGAAUUCCCGGUGUCCAGCCAGGAUUCCGGGGUGUCCGGCCGGGAAUUCCCGGUGUCCAGCCAGGAUUCCGGGAUGUCCACUCGGGAUUCCGGGAUGUCCGGCCGGGAUUCGGGGAUGUCCACUCGGGAAUUCCCAAUGUCCGGCCGGGAAUUCCCGGUGUCCAGCCAGGAAGGGCCGGAGGGGCCAGAGCAGAACGGGAUCCGAAUCAACCGGAAAGCCCAGGAGGAGGGGCCGGAUGAGGCCACGCCCCCGCGCGGCUGCAGCCAAUCAGAGCCCGAGCUGCGGGAAGGAGGCGGAGCCAGCGCCGAGGGGAAUUUCUUCUACCUGAGCCUCCCCACGGGACCCCCCCGGCCGGGAGGGGACACCCCUGGGGACAGCAGGGACAGCUCUGGGGACAUCGGAGACACCUCUGGGAGCGCCAGGGACACCCAUGGGGACACUGGGGACAGCUCUGAGGACACCGGGGACACGCCCAGGGACAGCGGUGGGGACAUUGAGGACACUCCUGGAGACAUCCCUGGGGACGCAGAGCUGAUCCUGGGGACCCUGGAGGAGCUGCGGGGGAAACUGCUGAGCCUGAGGGCCAUGGAAGCCGCUCACCGGCAGCUGCUGCGCUCGCUGCGCUGGGGCGACGCCACCGUCCCCAACACCAUCCCCAGUGUCCCCAGUGUCCCCAACGCCAUCCCCAGUGUCCCCAACACCGUCCCCAGUGUCCCCCGGCGGGCGCCGCCGCCCCCCAGCGCCCGGCGCUCGCCCCCGGCCCCGCGGGCACACGGGGCACACGGGGCACACGGGGCACACGGGGCACACGGGGCACACGGUGGCGCGGCCGCCCCCGGCGCAGGCUCCGACGGCCCCGCCCACCACCUCUAA